AUAACUUUUUUUUUUUCCUUCAGGGAAAUGAGGCAAGUUAUCCUUUGGAAAUGUGCUCACACUUUGAUGCUGAUGAAAUUAAAAGGCUAGGAAAGAGAUUUAAGAAGCUUGAUUUGGACAAUUCUGGUUCUUUGAGUGUGGAAGAGUUCAUGUCUCUGCCGGAGUUACAACAGAAUCCUUUAGUACAGCGAGUAAUAGAUAUAUUCGACACAGAUGGGAAUGGAGAAGUAGACUUUAAAGAAUUCAUUGAGGGAGUCUCUCAGUUCAGUGUCAAAGGCGAUAAGGAGCAGAAGUUGAGGUUUGCUUUCCGUAUCUAUGACAUGGAUAAAGAUGGCUAUAUUUCCAAUGGGGAACUCUUCCAGGUGCUGAAGAUGAUGGUGGGGAACAAUCUGAAAGAUACGCAGUUACAGCAAAUUGUAGACAAAACCAUAAUAAAUGCAGAUAAGGAUGGAGAUGGAAGAAUAUCCUUUGAAGAAUUCUGUGCUGUUGUAGGUGGCCUAGAUAUCCACAAAAAGAUGGUGGUAGAUGUGUGACUCUUUUUUAAAGAGUACCACCCAACACUUUUGCUUUCUUCUCCAUCUCUGAAGAUCUGCUCAAGACGUCCAGCAAUGCUCUCUGUGUAUUUAAAUGGAAGUAUUUUUCUCUGUGAAGCCACAUUUUCCAACAUGAGCCUCAUGAAGCCAACUAAGUGUUAUUGAACUCUUAUUCUCUCAAUAACUCCGUGUAGCACUUUAAAGUCUGAAGGACAGCAACAUGAAAAGAGCAUAUCAAUGUGGUGAAGAAAGGGAAGGGGUUGGCUUUUUAAUUUAUUUUUCUUCAUCUUUUAUAACAAAGUAUCUAUAUAUACAUAUGUAAAUAUUUAUAUAUAGAUAUAUGUAGCUUUCUAUAUGUGUAGUAGGUUGGCUUUAAUUUAAUAUACUUGAUUCAGAAACAAAAUGAUAGAGUACAAAAGUGCCAAGCAGAACAUAAAACAUCCUUACUUUUAUUUCACACAGUUUUUUAUAUAGGUAGAAGAUUGUACAAUUUGAGCCGGGUGUUAGGCCAGCUACUUUCUUUCCUGUGCUUUCUCCUUUGAGAGAUUGACAAAGCAUUUGUUAACGUCCUAUUAUUUACCGUAAGUACAUUUUUGUAACAAAGGAGUUUGUAACUUUAUUUAUACCUAUGAAUAUAUUUCCAGGGACUAUGUCUCAUUGCUGAGCAGCUUUUAUUACAUCUUUGCUUGAGGAGAAAGUAUAGUCAGUGCUACUGCCAAGAGCUCGUUCUUGUGUUCAUAUAGUGCCUGCACAAAGCUUGCGGCUGCUUCAUUCUGUUACUUCAUAACUGGGAGCCAUUACAUUUAUUAAAUGUCCCUGAGUACAUGUAAGUUUCAGUUGUGAUUUCAUACAUAAAGGCCAGAAGCUAUGUGAGGCAAUCAUAAUUUAUCUUUGACAUUACUUAAUGAAGAGUACCUGAAGUAAUCACGUAACUGCAUAUCCAUUUGUUUUAUUACGUGGGUAAAUAACUUGUAAUUAAACCUAAGUUUGAACUGCAAACUUCCCCUCUGUGUUUCAAAAGACUUGCAGCUAAUUUGAAACUUGGGUGGUAUUUAAAUUGCAUGUAUGUAUCUAAACACCCAACAUAUAUUUGUGACUUAAAUGGGAGAAAUCUUACUCAUGUGUAUGCCACAGAAGAGAAAGUUUUAUCCAAAUUUAUACCUCUUAAAUUUCUUUACCAUAAGGCAUAAAGAGUGCAUGAAAAUUUUCUUCCUUGAUUUGCUCAUAUUUGUAAUGGGUAACUUAAUAAAUUUGUGUGAUAUAAAAGUAGUAUAUCAUGUUCCACCACUUGUUAUUGUCCCUUCCCUUUUCUACAAAGGUACUGUUGGCUGAAGAAAACCUUACGGCUAGCUUUCUAGGACAGUAGUCUUUCCCUAUGUAGUUUUUCAGUAAAACUGGUUUUAUAGUCAUGAGUGGGAAAGGGCAGGUUGAGUCAAGGUGAAUGAAUCUUAAAUUGGGCGUACCUGCCUGCUAUUGCUGUUCCUUCAACUGAGUGCUGCACAUCAUGGGCUCUGUCUGUGAGAGAAAAAUCUCGGUGCUUGGUGUCCUUGCAUGACAUGGAGUUUUGCAUGUAGAUCGAUUUAAAAUGUACCUCUUGUUUACAUAAUUUGCAUAAUUUUAAAAGAUAAUGUUGCCAAACUUCGGAAAUGUUAAUGUUCAAACUGAAAAUCUCCACUACAUGUAACUUUCUUCCUCUGGAUCAGUACAGUGGUUUAUAAUCCCAGCCAGUGGUUUGAUCUGUUCCAGUGUCAACUGCCAUGUGCUCUGCUUCAAGGGGGAACUAGUCUUUUGUGAAUUUUUUGUACAUAAGUAUUUGUUACAGAUAUUUUAGCAAAUGCUUUCUAUUUCUCUUGCUUGUGCAUAUCUUGGCUGGCGUUACAGAAAAAUAGUGCAAACAUUAUUUCCUUACUGGGGAAUGAGGGUUUUUUUUCUUUUUUUUUUUUAAGUGUGUAUGGGUGGGGGGAGGGUGGUUUAUGUUGAAUGUUUAGUUUUUCUUCUGCAUGAAACAUCAUGUUGUGGGAUCUUUAGACAACUUCAUACUGUAUGAAUAAAAAAAAUAAAAUAUUUGGAACCUGA